UUUCUUUCUGCUGGUAUGCUGCUGUGGGUGACUCAGGAGAGGGUAUUAGACCUGUGGUAAUGCCUCCAUGCCCCUCAGUGAGCCGGCGUGUCUGACCAGGUCCCAGCACAGGACUCCAGAAUGCCCAAGAAUAGGAGACGGAGCCUUUUCCCCAACUACAAAGUGGGGGGGACAGGCCCCACAUACAAGGACCCAGAGGAGGACUACAAUGUUCCCCUCACCCAGAACAACUUGGUGAAACAAUGGAACUCCAUGCAAGAGCUCAGACGAGACAUCUACGACAUCUAUGCAGAGUACGAAAACGAGGAAGAUGUUGUAAUGGCCUCCCCAACAAGAGGUCUCUCCUCUCUUGUGAAGAACUACAUGCUGAACAUCAACGUAGGUGGGAAGGAGUAUCAGAUCUCAUACAGGGUUGCUGCCAAGUAUCCCAAGACCAGGAUCGGCCGCCUGGCGACAUGCACAGACCACAACAGAAAGCUGGACCUGUGUGAUGACUAUGUUAUCCAAAACAACGAGUUUUUCUUCGACAGGGACCCGGACAUCUUCCACAGCAUCUUCAACUUCUACCGGACGGGCGUCCUCUGGAUCAAGGAUGAGUUGUGUCCCAGGAACUUCCUGGAGGAGAUCAACUAUUGGGGCGUCAGGAUCAAGAACACACACCGCUGCUGCCGAAUCUCCUUUGAGGAGCGCCAGGAUGAACUCAAUGAGCAGCUGAAGAUCCAGCGGGAGCUGGAGGCCGAGGUGGAGAUGGAAGAGAAUGAGGACCUGUUCCACGGCAUGGCGUUUGGCCAGACGCGCUGGAUCAUCUGGAACCUGAUGGAGAAGCCCUUCUCCUCCGUCACCGCCAAGCUCAUGGCUCUGGCUUCCAGCUUCUUCGUGCUGGUGUCCCUGGUGGCCAUGACGCUGAACACGGUGGAGGAGAUGCAGUACAACACCCCCACGGGACAGCUGAGCGGGAAGACCUACGGGGAGCAUGUGGAAACCUUCUGCAUCGCUUUCUUCACCAUGGAGUACCUGCUGCGUCUGGUGUCCACACCGGACCUGCGACGCUUCGGGAAAAGCGUACUGAACGGGGUGGACCUGAUUGCCAUCUUUCCCCUCUACCUGCAGCUGGUGCUGGAGUGCUUCGAGAACGACGACUACGGGAAGCACCAAGACAUCGAGACGGUGGGCCGGGUGGGCAAAUUGGGCCAGGUGCUGAGAAUCAUGCGUUUGAUGAGGAUCUUCCGUAUCUUGAAGCUGGCACGCCACUCUACGGGGCUGAGAGCAUUCGGCUUCACGUUGCGCCAGUGCUACCAGCAGGUGGGCUGCCUAUUCCUUUUCAUCGCCAUGGGAAUCCUCACCUUCUCUGCCAUGGUGUACACAGUGGAGCAUGAUGUCCAUCAGACCAACUUCACAAGCAUCCCUCACGCAUGGUGGUGGGCAGCUGUGAGCAUCUCUACUGUGGGCUAUGGAGACAUGUUUCCAGAGACCAUCCUGGGCCGGCUGUUUGCCUUCGCCUGCAUCUCCUUUGGGAUCAUUCUGAACGGCAUGCCCAUCUCCAUCCUGUACAACAAGUUCUCAGACUACUACACCAAGCUGAAGUCUUAUGAGUACAGCUCCACACUGAAAGCUCGGGGCAAGGUCAGGUUCGCCAAGAGGGCGGCCAGGAAGUUUACCAAAUGCUGUGACGAUGCAGUCCAUAAACACACUGGUGAAUGUUCUCAGAGCUCGAUGGGAGACUUUCCAUUCAAUUAACAGAUCUGCUGUGACAGCAUGAAAUUAUUUCUACCAAGUGGGGUUCCAAGGAAGCUGGAGUUACAUGCAUCUCUAGUCCCGUAAAGCUGCCUCUAAACUGCAUCCUUUAUCCUGAUCUUGUCCAUAUUCUGAUUGUGCCCUCAUUUUCCGUGUAGACGCGAUUAAAAUAUGCAAUGUGAUCCGAUUGUCAUCAGAUCUUCCUGACUACCUCCUGAGGUCAGGCAAGCUUACAAGUGUAGACCGAUAUGGACAAUGAAAACAUUUAAAUCGUCAUUAUGAAAGAAUAGCUGUUAAAUAAUUUACAUACAGGGGGACCAAGAAAUCUGGUCACAAUGCAGACACAGUGGAUGAGAGACAUUAAAACCAUGUGGACACAUUUCUGAAAGUGUAGAAUGUGGACAAGAUCAGGACAAAGGACGCAAGUCAGUACCAGGUAUAAACAAGGCUUAUGUUUACUGUUACUGUAUUACUGGUUAAUUUCAGGUUAUUGCUUGCAUAGAUUUCAGCAUUGCCAAGCAUUCUGAGAUUCUAUGAAAUUACAUGUUUGAAUUGUAAUGCUCCCACGGAGUGGAGGGCAACCUUGCAUUGUAGCAAAAAUACUGCAGAAAAAUAAAUAUAUCAUGUACGUUAUCAAUUCUUAAUGUGUUUUCCCUUUACCAUGUUAAAACUCUCCUUCAGUUACAUUUGAGGUUGAGAAACAAUUAACUCCUACAGAAGAAACA